CUCGACCGUAUUCCAUUGCUCCUUCUGGGAUCACUCAAUCUAUUCUCUCGGCUCAUGCACAAUCUUCUCUCUCACCUCAUGAGCUGUUCUCCCAUCCCAAUCUCAGGUACUACCGAGAAACUCUAGCAAGCGCGGUCUGCAAUGGACAACCGAGAUGGGAACGAGCCUCCGGCUCCCCCCCUUUUGACGAUAUCUUCGCUUGCUCAUAGCUGCCACGCCGCUUUUUCCAAACUGUGUCAAGACCUCCUUCUCCCAUCAAACGAGUACCAUGGCUUGGAGCCCGAGGCAACUGACCAGGCUGGCCGCUUCAACGUAUGGGCCUUGAACAUUGGCGCCCUGCAGAGUCCACAGUCUUCAAGCUCGCUUGACUCGAGACUGAAGAAAGCUGAGCGCAUGAGAACCAACGUGGUCUCGGGUCUUCAACGUCUGGAGGUUGCUCUGAAGAGAGCUAACGAGAUCGCGCUGGGUAACAUACCUAACAGGACAACCAGCCCAGCUACUACUGAAGAAAUCAUCAAGUACUCGGUGGGAACCGUGGUUAGAAGUAUUGAUGAAAGGGAUCACGGCUUCACCACGGAAAUCAACGAAUUAUUCAGCAACAUUCAAUCAUGCAUCACGUAUCUGUUUACUCUCUCUACACUGCUUCGUCGAAGUCAUCCUCGUGGACGCACUUCGCAGCAGGGGCCCCAAAGCUCGCAGUCGGAUCCCGGGCCCUUCGUCACCAAUGCAAAGGACAAGUUUCCGAAACUCAAGCAGCAUCCCUGGUUAGCAGAAAGGAUAGGGCAACGAACUGCUCGCCAAAUGGAAUAUAUUCGAUAUCGACAGAACCAUCGUACGAAGCUGGCUCGUGUUGACGACACCCCCAUACCAGACGAGCUUGCUGAACGAGCUACGACAAAAGCGACUUCUUUCCAUGACACCAUUGCUGUAUCCGACAGCAUCAAACAACCUGUUUCGGGCUCUUCUCGAGAGGAAAGUAUAUACACUGUGGCCACGUCCUUCGCCCAAACAGCUGUUGGAGAGACUUACUCAGGCCGGAUUAUCCCACAGCUGACAGACAUGUGGCUGGACGGACGACAGCUCCGUUACGGUGAACCCGUGGAAUGCCCUUAUUGUCGCACAAUUCAAAUCAUCAAGAAUCGAUACCAUUGGAAACACCACGUAUAUCGCGACCUCCAGACCUACGUUUGCUCGUUCGAGCAUUGUUCAGAGGGGCCAUUCCAGACUUCCCACGAAUGGUUUCAGCACGAAAUCGACAAACACAGACGGCAGUGGAAAUGCGUCUUGUGUCAUGCAAGGUGCAAUUCCGCCUCGGCCCUGGAAUCGCAUUUUGACUCUCAGCACCCAUCGGUCGUAUCUGCCACGCAGAGGAAGGUGAUGCUGAAGGCUUGCGAAAAGCCCCUAAACCACUUUGAUACAGAAUCUUGUCUGCUCUGCGAUAACUGGCGCCCGUCAUCAGAGACUGGCGGUAACUCUAACAACUUUCGCUCGCAUCUAGCCAAACACUACCAAGACCUCGCCUGCGAAGCGUUACCUUUAGCCAUUGAAGGCCUCGAGAUUAAAGCUGCCGACGUCAUCGAUGACGAUUCCACACCCAGCGACGACGAUGAACACAGCACGACGGGUGAGGAAAUGAACGGGUUGCCUCCCAAGGAGCCAGUUCAGUGCGAGUGGGAUGACUGCGGGAGAUGGUUCCCGCGGCUUGCCGAGUUAAACAAGCACUUUGUAAAGGAUCACCUAGAGCCCCCAGUCCCGUUCCAGGCUAUGAACGCUGUAACAUUGCUGAAGCGCCAAAUUGACAAGCAGCGCAAGUACAUGCAGGGGGCUAACGAUGUUCUCGUUGACAAUCACGGAAAGGGUCUUGACCAGGAGGGUCUUGGCAAACUGCUGAAGCUCAGUGAGGGAUACAGGCAAAGUGAGCCCGAGGUUACCGCCACCAGCUCAUCGGCCAAUUUUACCCUCGAAGAACCCUCCGAAUUCAAUCCUAUGAAUCAGGACUACACAGAUGCCAUCGAACCCCCAGGCUUCUCCUCACCAGCCUCGGCCCCCUCUCGACCGCCAGGCCCGGCGCCUCAAGUCCUCUCCAGCUCUGAGGAUUCAGAUGAGGAAUGGGAUGAAGACACGGAGGCCGAAAUCAUUCGCAGGCGACAGGAGAGGCUCAUGCGGAGGCUCCGCGGACGCAUUGGCAUGCGCACUAUCUCGGAGCGUAGUGAAUCCGACCACGAAAACUGGACGCCUGUGGAUCCUGACGCCGUCGGCUCUUUUGCCCGUAGACUUCGGCGACGAGUCGGAAACCGGCCUAAUCUCCUUUUCCAAGAACCGCCCAUUGGGGGCGCGGAAGCGGAGAGUCCACCGCUCAACCUAGCACGGGAACACAGCGACUCCGACCACGAAGACUCGAUGUCUCCCAACUCUGAGGAGACCUACACCAUUCUUCCACCAGCGAGCGGUUCCAUGCGAGCGUCUCCAUCGUCCAAUGCCAACGGCGAAGACAGUGUGGUUCAGCUCCGUUCGAGUAUGUGAGACGUUGGUCUGCCUCGGGACGAGUUGCCUGGGCUGCCCGUGACGCCUUUGACCCAAUUCGUCGAGAUUUCGAUGAGCUCCGCCAGCGCCAACAGCAGCGGCAAGCUCGAUAAACCAAACCCCCGCUGCGAGGCCUCCGGUUGCCAGAAGGCUUGCGAUCCGGGGUCCAGGCCACG